ACCGAGUUUAAAUAUCAGACCAUUGAAACAGUCGUCAGUUUUGGUUGGAAGGUUUCAAUUUAUACACUUUUUUUUUAUAUUUUAUAGUUUGCAAAUCUAGGGAAAAAAUGCCCGCUUACAAAUGGUUAAGACGAUCGGCAGGAACUCCAGUUCCCCACACAGCGGUCGAAGGUGGACGAGAUGUGGAUGGUAGUUCUAUUUACGUAGGCAGAGCAUUUCAUGAAGGAGAUAUGAUUCCAGCGAAAGUAAUUCCCGAUAAAAAUGUCGCGUAUGUCGCAUGGGGUGGUCAAGAGCAUCCAAAAAGCAGCUAUGAGGUUUUGUGUCAAGGCGAGUUCUCUUGGGAGUUUUGUGGCAAUGGACGAAUCCCCGAAGAUGCUGUUGUUGGAGGACAAACAUCUGAAGGAGAACCCUUGUACAUUGGACGUGUUAUACACAAAGGAUCCCAAACAAUUGGAAAAGUACAGGGAAGUCAUGGAGUUUUGUACAUCCCAUUCGAUGGAGAAGAAUUAUCAUUUAACGAUUAUGAAGUUCUUGUUUUGCAUUAAAUCAAAUUAAUUAGCGGAACAAAUUUUUAAGAACAUAUGACUUACUUUUAUUAACGCGCUUUUGUUGGAGGACAAACUUUUCUAAUUAAUAGACUUUUUUCUUUUUUUAUUUAUAUCAUGCCUGCGGAUAUUUGUUAUUUUAAUUAU